UAUAGAUUGGUAAUGUCGUUAUAUUGUGCUCGUAUAGUUCCGGCCACGCAUCAUAUUCAUUUAUGGGAUAUGUGUACACUCUGCUUAUAUAUUGCAAUACAUAACAAAUUCAAUAAGUGCUUACGAAUACAAAAAUACAUAUGUACAUGUGUAUAUGUAUGUAUGUACAUAUAGACCCUACUAGUGUGUUUUCCUGUUCAUAAUAGCGCUUUGGGGAGCUUGUAACAAGAUUUAAAUUUAAAGCGAAGGGAACGGCACGGGGCAUGUGUAUUUAAUUUGUAGAAGGGUGUCUCAAAAUGCUUGCUGUAUUGCUCUUCUAUUAUGUACAUAAGUAUAUAAUAUUGGAUGAAUUUUUCGUAGAAACAUUCGCAACAGCUUAUAAUUCUCAUUCAGUUUAUUCAAUUACCUUUAGGUAUAGCUUCUUACCACUAGAAACUAUAAAAGCCGUUCACACAAGAUUGGGGCCAAUCACUGUUGACUCGACAGCAUUUCUCCAAAUUACUUCAAGUAUAUUUUCUGCCGCUACAACAUUAUAAAAGACUCUUUAUAAAGCGGUCUAAUGCUGACCGGAAUGUCUGCUUUGACAACGAGGACUGUUUGAAGCACCUCGAAGUAGCGAAUGGCCAAAAUCUAUAUUUGCCAAUACUUUGUUGGUGUCUAACAUAUAUUUUACUAACCAUUUUGACGCCUUGGACAGCGUCCAAAGCCCCAUUUGGCCACAAAGGCUGUAAAGUUAGUCAGCGCAAAGUAAAGCAAACAAAUAUUGCGGUGUCUUGAGGUAGAGUAGCUGAGUUGUUGCAUAAAAAACUGUUUUACCCUAUGGGCUUUGGUGAGUCGUUAAUCUCAUGGAUUAAACUCGCUCAUCUGUUUCCUUUCUGCUGUUGAAUGUUGUUGUUGUAGCGGCAGAAAACAUCCCUGCAGUAAUUUGCAGUUUACAGAUCUUGGCCGGUUAAAAAUACGGAUCCUUUGAGAUUACAGAGACUCGACUGUCGUGUGAACGGUCUGCUGUUGGUCGCUGCACUUGGUUAUAUUAUGGAAGCCCUUUGUAAACAUUUUACACCAGCCCAAAAUAAUUUGAAAUGCAAUGACGGAAGUGAAAAAUUAACAAAGUUUUUCUUUCAUCGGCUAUCAGCUAUUAGGUGUAUGCUGACGAAUUUUCAGACAUAGGUACAUAUUAUAUAUACCUACAGUCGUAUGUAUGCAUGUAUGUAUGUACAUAUGUCCAAACUCAAUGCGGGAUGUUAGUUACGUAAGUAUAUAGUUAGAAUUCUGCGUAAAUUCGAACUAACGCCUACCAACAGCCGUUCUAAAACCAGCGUCAACUUCAAUAAAUACAUACAUACAUACAUACACAUUCACAUAUCAACUUAAAUACAGCGCUCGCCAUUUACGACUUUAAGAAAGUGGUUAUUAAUCAAGCGGCCCAUAAAGAGCAACCUCCAUCAGGUAACGAGCAGCCCACGUCGCGAUGUCGUUUAAUCAGCGAAGAAAGUUAAUUUACUGCAGCCGCUGACAACAACUAUUAAACCAAGAAUAGUGGAAGUGUUUUAAACACGAAAUCGAAGCGCAGCGCCUACGCUCGCCUCUGGCCACUAAGUAAAUUAAAAACGGCAAAAUUACGUUGCUGCCAACUGCGCUAUGCACGCUAUGCACGCAAAAGGGUAUUAAGGACGGCAAGGGAAGCGCAGCUGAAACGUGUUACGUAAGCAAAUACAGACAAGAAAACGAGAGACGAACAAAAAAACGACACGUCAAACUCAAAAUGACGGAAGUGAAAAAUAAACGUAAUAAAAAGAAAAAAAAUACGCUGGCACAAGCUGGUCUGCUGUUGCAUUGGCGAUGGCGAAUUAAACGGGGCCUCUUAGCUGGUUUCACAAAGUGGUUGUUGCACUCGCCUGAUUGUCUGCCGGCUGAAAGUCUGAUGUGCGGGCUGUUUGUCGUUGUGUUGUUUGAUUGAAAGUGUUGUAGUCUGUGCAGUGAUGCAGAGGAAGGUGUAUUACAUGCAUAGAAUAAACGUUGGAACACAAAGAAACGAAAACAACCGGUUAAAUACUACAAAUAGAAAUGUUCGCUGAUGAGUUGUGGAACGUAAAUUUUUGCUUAUAAAGAGGAGCGAUAUACAGAGAAGGCGUGUGCAUUGAAAGUUGUCUCAACUAUAGUAAGGAAGUAUUCCAAUUGUGGCUCGCAGCAAAGAAGCAAAGCAGACGCCAAAAAACUUGGAAAAAGUCGCUCGACAACUACAAUUAACUCGACCGCAAAAUAAAGCAAUCAUUGCAAUAGUGACAUCCGCGCUGCAAAUUGCAACUUUGUGGCUGGUGUGCUUGUCGCGUUCGUUGCCAAAGCUAUAAACAGGAGACAAAGUUGAUUAGCUACCGACAUUGUUUUCAAUUCUGCUGCCCCCUUUAGCUAAAACGCCGCGAAGUUUGUGCGUGUAUGUGUCACUCAACGCCACAUAUCAAAAUAUAAAGCAGCGUGUGGGUGAUUUGGGGAGGUAGGCAUAGCACGGAGCACAUACUAUUACAAGUUGUAUGCUGCGCGGAACCAGCGAAGGUGCUAAAAGUGACGUAUAUAUACGCCAUUAACAUAUUGGUUGCUAGAAACGGUUGAAGGGCAGUGCAAAAGUGGAAUAAGUAAACUUUGAUUAGUCACCAAGCAACCCACGGAAAUAUACAAAUAAGCAUAUAUUUGUAUUCUGUGUAUAUGAGUUGCAUUGAAAAGGCUUGACUAUUUGAACAACACUAUUUGCAGGCUUAACUCUUGUUUGCAGCUAAACCAAACACAACAGAUAAUUAGCUGUUUGCGGUGCACUUAAAACUUCCAACUGUUAAGAUAGACAACCAAGCUGUGCCUAAUUGCUGCUGAAGCAUCAGUAAAAAAAAGAAAAUCAAAAAACAAUAAAUAACUCGGCAUAAAAAGAAUACUGCUAAAACAGUAAUAUGGAGUCGGAUGAGGAUUCUUAUGAGAUGGAGAAUGUUGAUUCCGGCAAUGUAUCGUCAGGCGAUGAGGGCGAUGAAGAUUUCGGUAUGGAAGUCGAUAUACCCUCCUCACAUGAUCGCCAAAUGGAAACCGAGGAGUAUCAAUAUGAAGUGCUCUCCACAGAUGAAAUAGUACUGCAUCAGCGUGAAAUAAUCGAUGAAGUCAACAAUGUGCUCAAGCUGCCGCCCACAAUAAUCCGCAUACUGCUGAAUCACUAUAAAUGGGAUAAGGAAAAGCUGCUAGAGAAAUAUUUUGAUGGCAACAUAGAGGAAUUCUUCAAGGGCGCACAUGUCAUCAAUCCAUUCAACAAAUCUACCAAUCCAAGUCGUCUUAAGUUGUCCAAAAAUCCAGUGGAGGAAUGCGAAAUUUGUUUCUCAUUGCUGUCACCCGAUGGCAUGACUGGUCUGGAGUGUGGCCAUCGCUUUUGCUUGGUCUGUUGGCGUGAGUAUUUAACCACAAAGAUCGUCACCGAAGGUCUCGGUCAAUCCAUCUCGUGCGCCGCACAUGGCUGUGAUAUUUUAGUCGACGACGUUACCGUCACCAAACUAGUGGAUCCGCGUGUCAAAGUGAAAUACCAACAAUUGAUCACAAACAGUUUUGUCGAAUGUAAUCAGCUAUUACGCUGGUGUCCGUCCGUCGACUGUACGAAUGCAAUUAAAGUGUCGUAUGGUGAUGCACGCCCCGUGAGUUGCAAAUGUGGGCAUGUAUUUUGCUUUGCCUGCGGUGAAAAUUGGCAUGAUCCCGUCAAAUGUUGUUGGCUGAAAAAGUGGAUUAAGAAGUGCGACGACGAUUCGGAGACAUCCAAUUGGAUAGCGGCUAACACCAAAGAGUGUCCAAAGUGUAAUGUGACGAUCGAAAAGGAUGGCGGCUGCAAUCAUAUGGUGUGCAAAAAUCAAAAUUGUAAACACGAUUUUUGUUGGGUGUGUUUGGGUUCAUGGGAGCCGCACGGUUCAUCGUGGUAUAACUGCAAUCGCUACGAUGAGGACGAGGCGAAGGCGGCGCGUGAUGCACAGGAGAAGUUGCGCUCCUCAUUGGCAAGGUAUUUGCAUUACUACAAUCGUUAUAUGAAUCACAUGCAGUCGUUGAAAUUUGAGAACAAACUUUAUGCGGCUGUCAAACAUAAAAUGGAGGAGAUGCAACAACACAAUAUGUCCUGGAUUGAAGUGCAAUUCUUGAAAAAGGCCGUAGAUAUACUCUGCCAGUGCCGUCAAACACUCAUGUACACAUACGUGUUUGCCUACUAUCUGAAGAAGAACAAUCAGUCAAUGAUCUUUGAGGAUAAUCAAAAGGAUUUGGAAUCAGCAACUGAGAAACUGUCUGAGUACUUGGAACGUGAUAUAACUUCAGAGAAUUUGGCUGAUAUUAAACAAAAAGUGCAGGAUAAAUAUAGGUAUUGCGAGAAGCGUCGCAAGGUGCUGCUGGAUCAUGUGCAUGAAGGCUACGAGAAGGACUGGUGGGAGUAUACAGAAUGACGCGAAUCCUGGAUGGAUGAUUAAAAAGCACCAACAAAAACAUAAUUUUCAUUGAAUAAACAAUAGAGCAGAGCCGAGCAGAGAACGGGCGGAAGCAGCAGUCUGAGAACAGUUAUAAUGAUGCCACUAGUGUUUAUCGAAUGAAAAUGCAUGAAAAAAACAUUAAAAAAACGAAACUGAAAAUAAGAAAAGCGCAACUCGCACAGAGCUGUAGCAGGCAUGUGGCAAUAAAAUGGGGCCGGAGUGGUGGAUGCAACGCGUACAUUAUUAGCCAAUGCUAUAUAAAUAUAUAUAUAUAUGUGUGUGUGUGUUUGUUUGACGUUUGUAUGUGUGUGUAGCGCAUAGCGUUCACGGCGCGAAAAUCAACAAAACACCAACAACAACAACCAACAAUGCGACAGGCGAAUAAUGGAAAUAAUACUGCUUAACAAGACUUAAGUUGCAAAUUUAUUAUGAAAUUGUAAUAAGUAAAUUACGCAAAAAACAGGAAAUUUCUCAAAAAAGUAGAAAAAAAUGAAAAUAUGCAAAUCCAACAAAUACUAGCAAUACAAAAACACUAAAACCAAUACGUUACUUAUGUAUAUAACUGUAUGUACAUAUAAAGAACUAGCACCAAUUAGGCAGGCAGGCAGGCAGGCAUCAGUUGCAGCGCGGGCGGCGCAUGUUGCCACCGCAUUGGUAAUUUGCAGUGAAAGUAACACAAAUGUUUAGUCGACAACGAGGAAAGGUUGCACUGUCAUUUGCCAAAGCCACCAGCGCACAGACACAUACAAACACAAUCAUACGAUUUACACGCAACACCACUACUCCGCACCGCGAGCCGACAACAACCAGCCGCUAACUGCAAAUACUCGCAUGCAUGCUUUGGUUGACUUCUUGCUUAAAAGCAUUUGUUGUUAUUGUUUUUUGUUUUGUUUUUGGUUUGGCGUGCUUGCUGUUUUCAACAGAUUUCUACUUGAAAUAGGUCUUAUUAAGCAAAUUAGCGUUAGAGUGGCGUUUUAAAGCAACAACAGUUUAUUCUACACAACAACAACUACACAAAAUGUAUAUGCUAGAGCAUAGUAUGUAGUUAGCGUUAGCAAUGCGAAUUCGAAAAUUCGGCGAAUAUGUAGACUUUCAUUUUAGUGCGCAUGGCAAGCAGUAAACAAACAUUUCAAGAGAUUUCGAAAAACCAGCAAAAAGUUACGAAAGUUUGUGUGUUUUGAGUGCAAGCGCUCGGUGGCAAGCGUUCGUAUCAGAGUUGCCCACGCGGCUGGCUGAUUUAGCAUAGUAUGCAAGAUUUUGUUAUGUAAAAUUAAUGUUUAGUAGUUGGAAGCAAACAAAUUUGUAAUUGUUUUGUGUUCUUAUUAAUAUUAAUAUUAUUAUUUUUUAAUUUAAAUUUAAAUGAAGCUGAACGCAAAAGAAAUGUUAAGUUUUUCUCAUAUGAUUGUCAUUAUUUUUAUGUUGAUACUUAUUUUGUAGUGUAUAAAAUCGCAAUUUUAUUCAAAACCGUCACACAACAUUCACUCAAUGCAAAAUGCACACAGCAACAACAACAACAACAUGAAAAACAAUACAAAUUUACUAUGCAAAUUUUAGACGCUCAUUUAGCAGCAGCAACAACAGGAAAAACCAAAAAGAAAAGUAAACAGAAGCAUUUUUGAAAAAAA